AUGCCUUCCGACGCUACGAUCCCCUCCUCAGAGUCCCGUGAAACCAUCACAGCCCGUUUCGCCGAGCUCAUCUCAGCCAUUGAGUCUCAUAGCAGCUGGACUCCUCCCAAUGUCGACCGCAGUCUCUUCCAUGUCUGGGAUUUUGUUAAGAGAUCCCACUAUAUCAUGACUGAGCUGGACAAUAUUGCCGCCGGUCGACCAGUCCAGCACCCUGAACAGAUUCCCAAGAACAACGGUAACAACUCAGGACCCCAAGCUGCCGCCUCCUCUUUCCACGAUGUCCUCACCCGUACCAUCAUGAUCAACCAAACCAUUCAAGACCCCCGCAUGCUUGUCAUGAUGGGUAUGUCCAACCUCGACUUUGGCCCUGCCAUUAGAGAAAAGUCGGAAGCCGUGGUGGAGGCUCUCAAUAACUCAUCUUGA